UUUUGUGAAGUCGGUUAGAAUUUUUAGUGCCUUUAUUGUGAUGUGAAAACCUAAAAAAACUACUGUCAGUAUAAUGGGCUCCUAGGGUCUGAAAUAGUACCUGGUGGUAUCUCUUGAAUUUGAUUUCAUGAACUGUUUCAUAUAAUGUGAUCAGAAAAAAUACUUAAUUUCUCCUGGAAAUGAUGCUAGAAUAAGUUUUUACCACGUUAAGCGACUGAACAGCUAACAUGAUUUUAGCACCUCAGGAGUGUGGUUGUCCACUAACCGACCCCGGCGGCCCGUCCAUCGUCGGCUCACCAGUCUGCAGCGGGUUCGCACUCUUCAUGGUGUUGGUAGAAGCCUUCCUCAAAGGCCGCUGCGACAUCGCCUCUCCAUGCCAGAGGGUCGAGAGCGUGAAGGAGGUGGAAGAGGAGUAUGACUUCAUAGUCGUCGGGGCCGGACCUGCUGGGUCGAUUGUAGCUUCGAGGUUGAGUGAAGUCCGGAAUUUUAGCGUGUUACUUUUAGAAGCUGGUAUAGAAGAACCGAUAGGAGCGAAAGUACCGUCAUUCUACCGUGCAUUCUGGGGCAAUGAGGAUCUCGACUGGCGCUAUCGGACUGUUCCGGAGAACUACUGCCUCGACCAGAAGGGGAAAGGUUGCAAUUGGCCUAGAGGGAAAGUCGUUGGGGGCUGUAACGUCCUGAACGGUCUGAUGUAUCACCGAGGCCACGCAGCCGACUAUGAGGAUUGGGUCAAAGCAGGUGCCACCGGUUGGUCCUGGGAGGAGAACAAGAAGUACUUUGACAUGACGGAGGGCAACAAGCAGAUCGGCACGCUGGUCAGCGAGGAAUACCACUCCAAAGACGGGCCCUUGCCUAUUCAGCAGUUCUCAUACCAACCACCCUUUCUCUACUCUCUUCUUGACGCAAUCAACGAGACUGGUAUCCCCAUCCUACGCGACAUGAACGAUCCUUCCACUCCUGAUGGCUUCAUGAUCGCACAGACUAUGAACCAGGACGGGCAACGCUACACGACAGCGCGAGCAUACCUAAAGCCGAAGUCAGAGCGACCCAACUUGAGCCUGAAGACACAAGCUCACGUGAGCAAAGUCCUCAUCGACAAAAAUAAACGCGCGUAUGGAGUGCAGUACAUUGACAAAGAUGGGAAGACGCAGACAGUGCGAGCUAAAAAAGAGGUGAUAUUAAGCGCAGGAGCCCUCAACAGUCCACACAUCCUGCUGCUGUCAGGAAUCGGUCCGAAGGAAGAGUUAGACAAGUUCAAGAUCCCUGUGGUGGCAGACUUGCCGGUUGGUAAGAACCUGCGGAACCACUACGGGAUCACCCUUUCCUUCAUCGCCAACAAGCUGGACAACACACAGGUCCUCGAUUGGUCCGUAUUCACGGAAUACAUGCUCACUCGAACUGGACCGAUGUCUUCUACUUCCAUUACACAGCUAACCGGCAUCCUAUAUUCGAGCUUAGCAGACAAGACGCGAAAGCAGCCGGACAUCCAGAUCUUCUUCAACGGUUUCUACGCAGAGUGCUCCAAAAACGGACGUAUUGAUGAACCAUUAGAUGCAGGGGAUUGCUAUAUACAUCGCAACAUUACCGCCAACGCUGCAGCGCUGCUCCCCCGCAGCGUGGGGUUCUUGACUCUGAACUCAACGGACCCGCUGAACCCCCCGCUCUUCUUCCCCGAGUAUUUCACCCACCCUGACGACCUCACCGUCAUCAAGGAUGGCGCCCGGUACCUGCAGAAGAUCUUCGAGUCUCCGACAAUGAAAGACAAGUUCGGCGUAGAGCUAGACCCCGAGUUCCUGUCACCCUGCAACAACACCGGCGAGGUCUGGUCUGAUCCUUGGCUGGAGUGCAUGGCGCGCACCUACACCGACCCCCAGAACCACCAGCUCGGCACCACCGCCAUUGGAGCCGUCGUCGACACGCAGUUGAGGGUCUACAAUGUUACUGGGUUGCGAGUAAUAGACGCAGGUUCGAUGCCGACCCAGCCGACUGGCAACCCUCAAGCUGCCAUCAUGGUGGUCGCGGAGAGAGGCGCCGUGCUUCUCAAGGAGGAGUGGGCGUAGACCUUCGCUGCUUCAGCAGUGGUCGAUGGACGUGGUGACAACAUAAUCAUCGUUACAAAUACCAAGGGUCUAAAAAGACCACAUUGAAACCAUUUCACCUAAAAAAAGCAACAUUGCGUUGUCUUGACACUGGUGCUGAUUCAUGUAUACACCAUCUAAGUUUAUUUUAAGUUAUACCUGUCAUCUUCUUAUUCGCCGAAAAGGAAAGGGACGUUUAAUCGACAGGCAUAAAACUUAUGGAACACACGUCAAUUUUAGGCAGAAAUUAAACCCUUCCAAAAUUGUAUAUUGGCCAAUAACCCGACUGAAUUAAGUUGCUGUCACGUAAAACGGAUUGCAUAUGAGCGAGAUGCCUAUUUUAUUCGCCCGGGUUACUGUUUAAUUUUAAAAUUAACAGUUGUCAAAAUGACGGGUAUAACUUAAAAUAAAAUGAGGUGUCUGCAGGAAUUGGGGCCAUUGCGCAUUUAACUUUUAUAGGCGCAUACUUAUGUAAAAUUGCAAAAUUGUUUUAUUUAGACGAAUUGCUUCAAUGUGGCCUUUUAGUCCCUCAGGGCUCAUUAAGAUGAAGUACGAGUUCAACUUUUAAUUAUAAUGAUUUCUUCUUGAUCAAACGGUGAAAACAGAAUAAGUAACUUAGUGACUGAAAGCAAAGCACCCUUAUCCCUAAGGAUAAGGUUCUUGGAAUUAAGACGAUUUCAACAUAACUUGAAAUAUCGGAUUUUUCUGUUUAUACGUGGUGCGAUGUUGUAGGCUCUGCAGUGUAGGACGAAUCAACAUAGACAUUGAAGUUUAUAAAUUGUUCACUCUAUGAGUUAUAUUAUUAGAUUCCAAUUUUAACUGUAUUACAAGCCAUCUACAGUAUCAUUAUUAUAGUCCCGCUUCGCAAUGCGUAUUUUUUUUUAUGUUUAGCGCCGUGUCGGGUGGGAGAAAUAAAGAUCGAUCUUUCUUUCAAUAGCUAUUCUCCAAUCCUAAUUGCGCUCUUAAUCGUUAUGCUUAUAAAAUUCAAUUAUAAUACUUAUAAUUUAAAAAAAAUAUCGGUCUUCUAAUAUAAGUAAGUAAUCCUAUUCUGCGGUUGGCCUCAACUUUAUCGUACUGUACUUCAGUUGUUCAAUAAAAAAAACAAGGAAGAUAAAUAAGGCUAAGUAUUAAAGGAAAUGAGUAGUAAAUAAAUAAUCAUAAAGAUAAUUUUGGAAGUAGCAUUAGGUUAGGCAACACCGAAUCAAAAUCCCUUAUCGCGCCUCAAAAUCUCUUCCGAAUCAUUCACAAAAAAGAGCUCCAUUUUUAUUUCUAAACUGAAACAUUAUUGAAAACUGAACACAAGUAUCUGUGCAUACUGCAUUGUUUAUAGAAUCGUUAUUUACUAUAAAGAUCUCAUUCAAAUUCAUCACGUAACGUCCAGAACAAACAAACCAAUUUUGUACGAUAAAUAUUUUACGGCGCGAAAGUGUGCGUUACUUAGUGUUAUUUACUUCUGGAUUCAGGAUAUUUUAAAGAAAGGCCAGGUCAAGAGUACUCUAAACAGCAGAGCCAAGAAGUCUUUGAUGAGAGUGGAAGAAGCGAAAGUGGUGUCAGGAUCGUAGUACAGUCAUGAGUAAUAUAAUGUACCCACUUUAGGACUCUGUCGCACUAACAUAUUUGACAUUUAGUGAGACUUACAGUUCAAUUUGUCAAAAAAGUUAAUGUGACAUGGUACCAAAGUGUAUACAUAUUAAUGCUCGCGACCGUACGUAGAAUUCGUGGUCUCUACCUACCCCCACGGUAAAUAACCGUGAUAUAUGUAGAUGUGUUAUUUACUAUACAAGUGUUGUCUUGGUUGCCUGCUCGGUCAUAAGUAUAUAUUAAGUCUGUAUACACACUAUACUUUGGUCCUUAACCCUUUCCGGGCAGAGACCAUGGGUCAUUGAUGGUUCAUAAUAGCUAGUAUGACACCUUGGAAUCCGAACGUCAUUAGAUGUUCUGUCCUUGAAAGUGUUAGAUAUACAGACUUAAUAUUGAUAAAUACAGAGCCGAGAAACGUGACAGGAGUAAGUUUCAUACAAAAUUCCUCGUCCGCUUAUGUCGCUUCCCUCCCUGGCACUGAGCAGCAUUAAGGAGAUGUGAUUUUCUACUUAGGUCUGAUAUGUAAAGUAUCACAACUAUUUAUUUCUCUCGUUCUUCGAAGUUUUAAUUACCAUCUUAAUGAUGCCCUGGCGAUAUUUUAGCGACCAAAGCGCCCCUAUGAGCUUAUACAGGAAUAUUGUAAUUUAUAAUAUUAUAUAUUAAAAUAUUAUGAUUAAAUAUAAUUUAUGACGUGUGUUGCUAAUGAGCAACAGGCUAUGUGUUGUGAUAAAUCGUCUGUUUUAUUAUAAGUAUUUUUCUAUUUUUCCUAGUAAAUUCGACUUUGUAUUUUUUAUAAGUGUAUUUUUAUAGCACACCAUACGGCUCAUAAUUUUUUUUAUUUUUUUACUGCAAGUUUUCUUCUGAUUACUUAAAGGCCUGUGGAGUUCUGCCCACCCCAUCCGGGAACACGGGCGUGAGUUUUUUGUACGUAUUAUGGGAAAUAUGUAAUAGUAUGCAAUAAAUGAAUGGAAUGUAAACAAUUAAUGUUCACUGUAGUGUUUCUGCUCAUCUAGCAUUUACGUGUCUAACAAUAAUUUUAAUGUAAAUAUCGUGACCAGUGUAUGUAAGUAUAUGUAAGUAAUAUUAUUCGCAAUGCGAAUACUGAUACAGGUAUAUGAUACAAUAUAAA